AUGAUGAACGACAACAAAACACUGCCGCCACCACCGCCAACUCCGCCGAGGCAGCUGACAGAGGUCAAGGUGAAGGAGGAGGAGAAUGGGCAGCAAGGUGAAUCCGGUGCGGAAUUCGGGUUAGGGUGCAAGACUCCAGGAGGUUCCUUGACGAAAGGUGACAUGGUGGUGCUGACAAUCAGGCUGCUGUGCAUGGUUACUUCGGUGACAGCCAUGUCGUUCAUGGUCACCGCCCAUCAAGUUAGCGCUGCUUCCUUCUAUGGGUUCCAGCUCCAGCUCCACUCCAAAUGGUCUUUCUCUUACUCCUUCGAAUAUCUUGUCGGAGUAACAGCCGCGGCAGCAGUUUACUCCUUUUUCCAAUUACUGAUUGCCAUUUCAAGGCUGCUUGUGAAGAAAUCUCCGGUGAUUCCGUCAAAAAAUCAUGCUUGGCUUGUCUUUGCCGGAGAUCAGAUAGUGGCAUAUGCAAUGAUGAGCACGGGAUCGGCGGCAUCGGCUGUAACAAAUCUGAACCAAACCGGAAUCCGUCACACUGCAUUGCCCAAUUUUUGCAAGUCAUUGGAUAGGUUCUGCGAUCAUGUGGCGGUGUCGAUAGCCUUCAGUUUCUUCAGCUGUGUGAUGUACGCCGCCGCCGCUGUCCAGGAUGUAAUCUGCCUCUCCAACCAUUGA